UGUCUCGCUCUCUCUCCCUCCCUCCUUUUUUCCCCUCUCCUCCCUCCCUCCCUCUCUUUGCCAUACCUAAAAGAAUAAAACACUUUAGUCUCCACCGAAGCGUCAGAGCUGUCCUGUCUCUCAGCUCUACCACUGUAUUCAGAGUCCUGGAAAACAGUGUUGAGCGGCAGACACUGAUGAGCUAAAGCCCGACGAUAACGAACAAAAAAGAGAGAGCAAGGGAACGAAAGAAGGGAAAAAAGGAGGAAACCCAUCAACAGCCAAACCCAGUAACUUGUUUCAGUUCAUUCAUCUUUUUCUUCCUCCCAGUUCCAGGAAGUGAGGACUGUGAAGACUGAUCAUGAGGAGAGAGGCUGUCAAGGAUCAUUUUGUAAUGGGGAUUUGACACUAAGAGGAUUUCUUCAAUCAGAAAAUGUCUCUCCACGUUUCGGCCCUGAGAACAUGGCACAGAGAUUCCCAGGAGUUCCUCCCAUCUGGUUUGCCAACCUGGGGAUUCUCCUCGUGAUUUCUGCUUUCCCGACGGCCACUGGACAGGGGGCCCCAAGACGGCAGGAACCGGGGGACUUUGUCAAACAAGAGAUUGGAGGGCUCUCUCCAAAGCACGGACCAGAUAUUGCUGAUGACAGUACUGACAACAUCACCAUCUUCACCCGGAUUUUGGACCGGCUGCUGGAUGGAUACGACAACCGGCUAAGACCUGGGCUUGGAGACACUGUCACCGAAGUCAAGACAGACAUCUACGUGACGAGUUUUGGCCCCGUCUCGGACACAGACAUGGAGUACACCAUCGAUGUGUUUUUCCGGCAGACCUGGCACGACGAACGCCUUAAAUUUGAUGGCCCCAUGAAGAUCCUGCCUCUCAACAACUUGCUGGCAAGUAAGAUCUGGACGCCUGAUACUUUCUUCCACAAUGGGAAGAAGUCAGUGGCUCACAACAUGACCACCCCCAACAAGCUGUUACGUCUGGUGGACAACGGGACCCUCCUGUACACCAUGAGAUUAACCAUUCAUGCCGAGUGUCCCAUGCACCUGGAGGAUUUCCCCAUGGACGUGCAUGCUUGCCCGCUGAAGUUUGGUAGCUAUGCUUACACAAAGACUGAAGUGAUCUAUUCCUGGACCCUUGGAAAGAACAAAUCCGUAGAAGUGGCCCAGGAUGGCUCUCGCCUGAACCAGUAUGACCUUUUGGGCCAUGUGGUGGGGACUGAGAUCAUCAGAUCUAGUACAGGGGAAUAUGUCGUCAUGACGACCUACUUCCACCUGAAGAGGAAGAUUGGAUACUUUGUAAUCCAGACGUACCUACCCUGCAUCAUGACUGUCAUCCUAUCCCAGGUUUCCUUCUGGCUCAACCGGGAGUCUGUCCCUGCCCGUACAGUCUUUGGUGUCACCACGGUCCUUACCAUGACCACACUGAGCAUCAGCGCCAGAAACUCUUUACCUAAGGUGGCAUACGCGACGGCCAUGGACUGGUUCAUAGCCGUCUGUUAUGCCUUCGUGUUUUCUGCGCUGAUUGAAUUUGCCACGGUCAACUACUUCACCAAGCGCAGCUGGGCCUGGGAUGGCAAGAAGGUGCUGGAGGCCCAGGAGAUGAAGAAAAAGGAGCCAGUGGCUCUGGCGAAGAAAACCAACAACAGUUAUAACAUCGUGGGCACAACCUAUGCCCUCAAUAUCGCUAAAGACCCCGGGCUCUCCACCAUCUCCAAGAGCGCCGCCCCGACCGCCGCGGCCACUGCCACGGCUGCCUCCCCCCCAAAGACCCCCCACGUUGAGGAGAAGCUCCCUGAAAACAAGAAGACUUACAACAGCGUGAGCAAGGUGGAUAAAAUCUCCCGCAUCAUCUUCCCCGUUCUCUUCGCUAUAUUCAACCUGGUCUACUGGGCCACAUAUGUAAACCGGGAAUCGGCAAUCAAGGGCAUGAUCCGCAAGCAAUAGAGGACCCCUUCAGCAGCGAGGCAAACAAACCUUCCACCUCCCAGUAGCAUCCGGGUAGGAAUUCUCCAGGUUUCACCUUCAUUCCUUUUCCAACCCGAGGACGUUAUUGUGUUUUAUUUUCUUUUCUGAGAGCUUCGACCAGGCUGAGCCACUGAUUUUAUUUUGGGGACAUCCAUCUCAAAAAACGAACAAAAUCACCCCAGUGGGAAGAUGGGGUGACAUGGAGAGUCAUCCAUCCAGUCCCACCUCCACAGCCCCUGAACAUCUUUCUGUCAGAUCCUCUGAGUGAGAGCCACGAGCAUGCAUGGAUCCUGCGGAGGGCCUGCGUGCGUGUGUGUGCGUAUGUGUGUGUGUGUGAGUGUGUGUGAGUGUGUGUUCACACUCCUCCCUUCCAUCCCAGGAUGGACCAACCUGACCAUUUUUGGGGCCCCAAGGGGAGGAAGGAGCCCCGGGGUUGGGAGACAACCAGCUACAUUCCCAUUGGGUGAGGCUGCUGGUAAUCCAUGGCUCCCCUCAUUCUCACCCUGUUUCUCUCCUCCUCUGAGCACCCCUCCUGGCAGCAGAUGUCAUAGGUUAGCAGAUAGCUUUUGAGUCCCAGAAGCAGAGGGCCGGGGCUUUCUCUUCAGCGCCACUGUCCAAUGGGCUAAGCAGCCUGGGCUGUGUUCAGUGGCUUGGAUGGUCCAUCACCAGAUGGGGGACUGCACACUCCUGUCACUGCUACAUAACAGGUUGGUGUCAGACCUGGGCAUGGAGGGCUGGCCAUGCCUCCCUGACUUCAAUCCACUGCCCCUCCACUUCGCCCGAGCCCUCAGGAAGAACACAGCCUUCUCCUUGGAUGACCUCCAGUCACCGCCGCAUCAGUCACCUUGCACAACCUUGCACGGUUCAGGAGCCGAGGAAGGGCCACCCAGGAGGGCUCCCUGCUUUAGUCUCAUUGCCCCCGCCAUAAACUCUCCAGCAGAGGAGGAUCAAGCACUUUUUAUUACAUAAAAAAAGAAAAUCAGGAAAAAAAGAAAAAGACAAAAUACUGUGGAUGAAAGAAAGAUCAAAGUCAAAUGCCCUGCCAAGAUGAGAAAGCAGAGGAGGGCAGAGCCCCUGGAGGAGGUGGAGGAAGUGGUUGAGCUAGUGGACUGACCGACCAGCAGGAACAUUGAGUCAGUCUGUCCAAGCUUCUUAACCCACCUUUCUCCCAUGUUCCACUGACCCAGGAUGACCCUGGAGUGCACGGACCUCCUGUAGAUGACCCUGGAAAAGGCAGGCAGCAGGGAUGCUGGGUUUAAUUCCCGCCUCUGCACAAACGUUACUCUGGGACUCUGACUGUACUCUACUGUACACUGACUUGCCAUACGGUUAAACUGAGAGGGCCCAGAACUCUGUGCCCCACCUAUCCCUACAUCCCAGCAUCCCACAUCCCACCAAGGACACAAAAGACUCUCCUCAGAUCCCAGUGUUCCUCCAGAGGCAUUCCUGCAGGGGGGCCCAGCCCCUGGAGGGAAUGGUCUUGAGCCACAUCCACCCCAAGGACAUUCCCUGACUCUCUUCUCUCUGGAUCUGCAGGCCAGAAGAGGUCCUUUCAGUCCUGGGA